GGAGGUAACUGGCAGCUCUCCAGAGACGGAGGGAGUGAGAGAGACACAGAGAGAGAGAUAGAGAGCUGGCCACAGUUACUGAGGGAGACUCUGGAGUGACGAAAAGUCUGAGGGAGUGAGGGAGACUCUGAGGGAGUGAGGGAGAGCCUGAGGGAGUGAGGGAGAGCCUGAGGGAGUGAGGGAGACUCUGAGGGAGUGGGUGGUGUCCCCCAGCCGUGGGGGCUGUUCCCUGAGAAGCCACACUCGGUCAUGUUCCACUUGGAGGAGAAGCCCAAGGCCGGUGGGGGUGCCGGUGGGGGUCCUGGGGAGGGUGCCCAGGGAAGGGGGCAGCCCCUGGACACCAAGCUGUACCGGAGGCGCUGGGUGAUCGUCUUCUUGUUCAGUUCGUACUCGCUGUGUAACGCGUUCCAGUGGAUCCAGUAUGGGAUCAUUAACAACAUCAUCAUGAAGUAUUACAAUGUCGCCUCGUUCACCAUUGACUGGCUCUCCAUGAUUUACUUUGUCGCCUACAUCCCCAUCAUUUUCCCGGUCACUUGGCUCCUGGACCGUAAGGGCCUCAGGGUCAUCGCCCUGGUCGGCAGCGGCCUGAAUUGCUGUGGCGCCUGGAUCAAGAUCGCCAGCGUGCGGCCGGACCUAUUCGCGGUCACCUUCUUCGGACAGACCGUGUGCGGCAUCGCUCAGGUCUUUAUCCUGGGAAUGCCGUCCCGGAUCGCCUCCGUCUGGUUCGGGGCCAAUGAGGUGUCCACUGCCUGCGCCAUCGCCGUCUUCGGGAACCAGAUGGGAGUUGCACUGGGAUUUCUUAUUCCCCCCAUUAUUGUACCAAAUGUGGAUGACUUGGAUCAAUUGACUUACCACAUCAACAUCAUGUUUUAUGGCACUGCUGCAGUAGCAACUCUGUUGUUUAUCCUUGUUAUCCUCGUUUUUCAGGAGAAGCCAGAUAUUCCACCAAGCCAAGCACAGGCAGCUAUCCUUGCCAAACCUAUGCUGGAUUAUUCCUACGUCCAGUCAAUACUGCAAUUGAUUAAAAAUAUGCCAUUUUUCCUACUUGUUGUUACCUAUGGAAUUAACACAGGUUCCUAUUAUGCAGUUUCAACGCUUCUGAACAAGAUGGUGCUGACACAUUACCCAGGUGAAGAACUGAAUGCUGGGAGGAUUGGGCUCACUAUUGUGGUUGCUGGAAUGGUGGGUUCCAUUAUCUGCGGAAUCUGGUUGGACAAAACCCGAACAUACAAACAAACAACAUCAGUGGUUUACUUCCUGGCCUUCGCAGGAAUGGUGACUUUCACAUUCACACUUAACUUGGGUCACCUGUGGGUUGUCUUUCUGACUGCUGGAAUGCUGGGGUUCUUUAUGACGGGUUACUUGCCUCUUGGCUUUGAAUUUGGUGCUGAGCUUACCUAUCCUGAGUCUGAGGGAACAUCUUCAGGCCUGCUUAAUGAAUCUGCCCAGGUUUUCGGAAUUACUUUUACCAUUGCACAGGGUAAACUAAUUGAUCACUUUGGGACUGUGGCAGGAAACAUUUUCAUUUCUGUGUUUCUCUUCAUUGGAACUGUUAUAACAGCAACAAUUAAAGCAGACCUCAGGAGACAGAAGGCAAACAUGCAUGUGUCACCAGACACGAAUGUUGGAGCAAAUCACCUUCUUGAUUACGGAUCAACAGCUGCUACAAUUUCCUCGUUCAUCUUACCUCGCCGGUUGAUGUCAUCAGAGCGGUUUGCCAGGAAAGCUGAGGAGGGAGUCUGCAGUUCCAUCAUCUUAAACGAGGCAGCACUAUGAACAGAAUUCCAAUGAACCAUCUAUAUUUGUGGAUACAGCCAUGGACACGUAGCCAGCACCAUGAGAGUCCCACCGAUGAGGAGGGCAAGGACUGUUUUAUACCUGCAGAUUUUCUCUAAAACUGAUUUUGACAAAGCCUUGUAUUUUGAAUAUGUAUCAUGAUCACUUCGUCUGCAUUAGCUAAACCCUUACGCUGCGGGGAAGUAUUUCCAUAAUAAGACUCAAUGCUGCUCUUUUCCAAAUUGUGGCCAUUAAUAAAAUCUCUCGUGUUCUGAGGGACAUGUGCUGGCACACACACAGCAGGGCUGCUAUUCAUAGAGUGUGCUGGAAGAGUCUCACUCACAUGGUUUUGGAUUCCUUCACAGCUAUCAUUGCUCAGCACAGCACUGAAAGAUUUACAAUACAUGGUGUUAAAGCAUAAAUAACACCUCAAGGCACCUGGGAAAAAGACAAUAUUCUGUCCCACAUUUCAGCAAAACUCCACAUAAAUAAUAACUGGUACUUACUACCAUGUCUACUUAGAGCCUGAGUAUGCAGCUUGUGCCUGGAGUCAGCGUGUGCUGCAGCCACUGCGUGUGAUUCAGGCCAUGUACAGUUUGUGCCUGUAGUUUAGGUCCGAGUAAUGUUCGGUCCUUUGUACAGUUUGUGCCUGUAGUUUGGGCCGUUGUACAGUUUGUGCCUGUAGCUGAGGUCCGAGUAAUGUUCUGGCCCAUGUACAGUUUGUGCCUACAGGCUGUAUGUACAGUUGGUGCCUGUAGCUGAGGUCCGAGUAAUGUUCUGGCCCAUGUACAGUUUGUGCCUACAGGCUGCAUGUACAGUUGGUGCCUGUAACUGAGGUCUGAGUAAUGUUCUGGCCCAUGUACAGUUUGUGCCUACAGGCUGCAUGUACAGUUGGUGCCUGUAGUCCACAUUUGGGUGUACAAUAUUGAGGGGCAAGUCUGUAAGCUGUUUUUGGCAUUGCAAUAAGGGGUAAACCUAAUAAUUGUGCUACUUCUUCAUUGUACUUUUAAAAUAAAUAUAAAGCCUGCUAAAAAGAUCUCAACAAAAAUGUUUAAAAUAAAGACAGGAAAGGGUGGUUGAACCAGUGUGUUGCACCAUCCUCAUUCUCUAUAGUAAGCACAACAAGAACACCAAGAUACUCCCAAUAUUCCCAUGUUUUCAUGUUUCUGGAUAAGUUCCUCUGCUUUAGCCAGUGAACCAUCACCGUUUGGUUGUGUAGUUCAGAGGAUCCCCUGGAAAUUGUGAUUACUGUUUGAUACAGCUGUAUAAUGAUGCAUCAUGUACCCCAUUGCUGCUCUUUAGACAGGGCUGAGGGUGCUGGACAACUCUUGCAGGUUCUGUACUGGUUUGACUUGCCUGUAUUCUAUUUUGCAGUAAGAAACUGAGAUUUUAUUCAACAACAUUUGGAAAAUAGCAGCACAAUUUUCAGGAUCAGUUGACGGUAUUUCAAAUUGAAAAAUGAGAUAAGGUUAAGAAUUAUAAAUAAAAUCUUGGUUGUAAUGGCUAAA